GUGUUUUGAUUAUUACAAUUUACUUUCGCUUUAAUAGGUAAAGGCUAAAUUUUUCAAAAUGAAUGAAUUCAAAACGUAUUCCUCAUUAUUUGCUUUGGUGGACAGUCAUCUUUCUAAGAUAAGCUUGCAAGAAAGUGAAUCUAAUGACGCUGCAGCAAGUACAAGCCCUGGGACGGUUGCUGGGAGGUCAAGUGAUAUCAUGACGCCAUUUCAACUAUAUACACCAGAUAGAAUUAUACCACUACCAAAAUUGGGUCUCAGUGAGAGCCCAAUAUCGAGUGUUCUAGCUACCCAGGUGGCCAAUAUGUUACGGGCUAAAGAGAGGCGACAGGAGGAGGAGAGAAAGAAAAGCCUCAAACAAGAGGAAUCAGACGAAGCAGAUGAUUUUGUGAUAGACUUGACAAAAGCUCUACAAACUCCAGGUACAGUAAAAUAUCAAAAUAAUACAGACGCUGGACUGAGCAGUAGCAGCUCCUGUGAGUCCUUGUUUAAGCUGCAGUUUAUGGACUAUAAGGAGGAACCAGAAAAACAACAAUCCCCUGAACCACUCUUGCCUUGCAUCACUGACAUGUCUUACAUACUUAGCCAAGAGAUAUACAAAGCUAAGUGUUCUAAUUUUGGAAAGGUUCUUUCCUCGAGAUUGAGACCUGCAGCACCGUGCUAUAUACCUGCUAAAGUGGAUGGGAGGGUAAAACGUUUCACAUUCAAUGUACCUUCCCCCUGUGAUUUGAUUAAGGAGAGACUGAGAAGACCUACGAUGUCCUGCAGGGAAGUACCAAACAUAUUAGAGUUAUAAUAUUUAUUUCAAGAAUUCAAAAAGUUAAGAUUGAAAAUCUCCUCUGUUGUCUAAAAUUAAAUGACAUGUGUAUAAUAUGGAAAAUUACACCAGUUUCCAAUUUGUGUUGAAUAAAAAUAAUUUAACAUUGAUACAAGAUUGAAUGACAUGAAUUGUAUAAUAUUGAUACUAGUAAUUUUAAGAAAUUAUGAGAUUAUUUAUGUUUCACCCAUCAAUCUCCAAGUGGCAGCCCACCUGCCACAUAACAAUUGAUAAUCUAUUGUGUCUAUGAUUCCCAUGAACAAUGUAUAAGGGUUUCUUUUUGUGAAUUAUCAUCAGAUUCAAAACUUAUUUAUUACUAUACACUAUACAACAUUGUAAUAUUAUCAGGAAGUUAUAAGUAUUCCAUUAUGAUAAUAUAAAUAAUCACCCGAAUUUACAAUACAAUUCAAAUAUUGUAACAAUUCCACUAUCUUAUCAAAUAUAUGUAAGUACUAAU